CCACCUUCACCUUGUCCACAAUUAGAAGAAGAACCCAAAAACCAUAACCGUGCCUCUUUUUAACUGCAACAAUAAACACACACACACACACACUCACAUUAACAAUAGAAAGAGAGAGUGAAAGAGUUCACACAUUGCAAUUUGCAACAAUGCCAAUGCAUUCUCUCUUCUUCUUCAUCUUCCUCUUCUUCCCCUCUCUCGUUAAACCAGAUCUCUCCACCGAACGCGCCGCCCUCUUAACUCUCCGCUCCGCCGUCGCCGGAAGAACUCUUUUCUGGAACGCCACCUCCCCCACCCCCUGCAACUGGUUUGGCAUCUACUGCGACGCCAACACCACCCACAUCCUCCAGAUCCGCCUCCCCGCCGUCGCCCUCUCCGGCCAACUCCCACAUGGCGUCUUCUCCGCCCUCCCCCACCUCCGCACUCUCAGUCUCCGUUUCAACGCCCUCUCCGGCCCACUCCCCUCCGACCUCGCCGCCUGCUCCUCGCUCCGCAACCUCUACCUCCAGCAGAAUCUCCUCUCCGGUGAGCUCCCGCCGGCUCUUUCACGUCUCACCGGCCUUGUCCGCCUCAACCUGGCCUCCAACAACUUCUCCGGCCCGGUUCCGGUCGGGUUCCGGAACCUGACCCGGCUCAAGACCCUCCUCCUCCAGGACAAUCGGCUCUCCGGUGAGCUUCCCGAGUUGGACAGGGGGGAUCUCGCGCAGUUCAAUGUCUCCAACAACAUGCUCAAUGGGUCGGUGCCUGAAAAGCUGCGAAGUUUCUCCAAAGACUCGUUUCUGGGUAAUUCACUCUGUGGGAAGCCAUUUGAACCUUGUCCUGGGGAUGCAGGUAGUGGAAAUGGUGAUGGUAAUAAUGGAACUUCAAAUGGGGUUGGAGGAAAUGAAGGGUUUGUGAAGGAGAAGAAGAAGGGCAAGCUCUCUGGUGGGGCCAUUGCUGGGAUUGUGAUUGGGUCUGUGGUGGUAUUUUUGUUGGUUGUUUUUGCUUUGAUUCUUUUGUGCAGGAACAAGAAUGGUGAGAAGACUAGCUCUGUUGAUGAUGUGGCUGCUAAUGUGAAGCAUGAUGAGAAUGUGGGGAAUGGUAAUGGGUACUCGGCUGCCACGGCAGCGGUGGUGGCGGUGAAUGGUGGUGGAAGGGGUGAAGGGGUGGGUGGUGGUGGUGGUGGUGGAGGUGGGGCUAAGAAGUUGGUGUUUUUUGGUAAUUCAAGCAAGGUGUUUGAGUUGGAGGAUUUGCUGAGAGCCUCAGCGGAGGUUUUGGGGAAAGGGACUUUUGGGACUUCUUAUAAGGCGGUUUUGGAGGUUGGGCCUGUGGUGGCUGUGAAGAGGUUGAAGGAUGUCACCAUUUCUGAGAAGGAAUUCAAGGAGAAGAUUGAACUGGUUGGAGCAAUGGAUCAUGUCAGUUUGGUCCCUCUCAGGGCUUACUAUUAUAGCAGGGAUGAGAAGCUUCUUGUUCAUGAUUACUUUCCAAUGGGAAGCUUAUCUGCACUUUUGCAUGGAAACAAAGGAGCUGGUAGGACACCACUGAAUUGGGAAAUCAGAUCAGGCAUUGCACUUGGAGCUGCUCAUGGCAUUGAGUACCUACAUUCACAAGGGCCAAAUAAUUCUCAUGGAAACAUAAAGUCAUCCAAUAUCCUCCUAACCAAGUCCUAUGAUGCCAGGGUGUCUGAUUUUGGCCUCGCACACCUUGUUGGUCUCUCAUCCACACCCAACAGGGUUGCCGGCUACCGUGCGCCGGAGGUUACCGAUCCCUGGAAAGUGUCUCAGAAGGCAGACGUGUACAGUUUUGGCGUGUUGCUCUUGGAGCUUCUGACCGGAAAGGCACCUACUCACGCCCUUUUGAAUGAGGAAGGAGUGGACCUUCCCAGAUGGGUGCAAUCAGUUGUGAAAGAAGAGUGGAGUUCUGAGGUGUUUGAUCUUGAGCUUCUCAGGGAUCAGAAUGUUGAAGAAGAGAUGGUGCAGUUGUUGCAACUUGCAGUGGAUUGUGCAGCACCAUACCCUGAUAACCGCCCUUCAAUGUCUGAAGUGAGACAGCAAAUAGAAGAGCUGCGCAGGUCAAGCUUGAAAGAAGGUCAAGACCAAAUCCAACAACAUGAUUUGAUCAAUGAUAUAGAUCAUAUAUCUUCUAGAUGAGUAAGAUCUGGGUUGUCCUCCAUUCUUACUACUGAAUACUGAUGGAUUGUAAAAGGAAGCAUCUUUGUAGCUUUGUCAUAUUUCCCUUAGAUGUUGUAACUUUUUUCUAGCUUUGGCCUUAAUUUUCUUCAGCAUCAAGUAUUUUCUCCAUUUUCUUCCGACUGAUCUUAGUUUGCAUUCCUGUAUGAAUUUAGAAUUCAAAUUCCUUCAUCCCCCUCCCUCCAUUGUACUAGUUCACUUUUUCUUCCCAAUCAAGGGUAGCACAUAUCUGUUGCAUUAGUAAUAGGUGGUGGAUUCUGGUUGAUGUCACUAUAGUUCUUGCUUUGA